AUGAAGGACUCAUCAGGACUUGGCUUUGCAGCGGAGUCAGAUGACCUCUAUCGCUACACCUCUGGCCGAUGGCUUGUGGAUGAGAAAGCCCAGCAGCAGCAGCGCUAUCUGAAAUUCGAUCUCGAUAAUCUUUGUCGCAUUGCUGCGGCACAAUUGAGUAAUGCGACAAAGUGUGUUCGCGUGGUCAAACAGGAAGGAAACUUCAAUAAAGCGUUACUCCUUACUAUGGACGAUGGGAACGAGGUCAUAGCGAAGCUUCCUUGUCCGAAUGCCGGCCCUCCGACACUGACCACUGCUUCUGAAGUUGCUACUUUGAAACUCCGUAUGUCGCUUUGGUGA